CAGUUCCACUGGAUUUUUGCAAUAGCAGUCGAAUUUUCCACCUACAUUCAAUUGCUUCGGUUUCCGGAAUUGCGUGAUGUUUCCACCUAACCUAACAUUUAUAGAAUCCUGCUAAGUUGUGCAAAUCAGGGUAUUACAGAAAUAAAUAAUUGACCAUCGUUUCAUCGCAAUUCUUCAUUCAAUUUGACACGGUAAUAUCUACGUUACCUAUAUUAAAAUGGUUGAUGAGAUUCAGAAGAAGCUCCAAGCUGAACUUGACAAAUUUAAAAUUGCCCAAAAAGAUUACCACAAGGCUCUUCUACAACGGCAGCAACUCGAUGGACAGUUAAAUGAAAAUACCGCUGUAAAACAAGAAUUGGAUCUCUUAAAAUCGGGGAACGAAGUUUUCAAGUUAAUCGGUCCAGUCUUAGUUAAGCAGGACUUGGAAGAGGCAAAGCAAAAUGUUGUUAAAAGAAUGGAGUACAUUUCUGCCGAAUUAAAACGUACUGAAGAUUUGAUAGCGACCUUGGACAAAAAGCAAGAUACUCACCGUGAGGCACUGGCUAAACUUCAGCAAUCCUUUCAACAGGCUCAGUUGAAGGCAGCUAUGAAGGCCUAAAAACGAUCGGAAAAUACAUAAUUGUUAAUAAUCUACUAAAUAAUUCACUACUGCUAUGUACGCUUUGCGAUUAUCUUGUCAUCUGAAGUCCGUAAUGUGAACGUUAUAAUUCUCAUUCAUAUUUUUCAUUAAAUACAUUAAUUAUCUAAUACAUAA